CCCCAGUCUGCUUCUGGACCCUGUGCUGCUGUGCCUCGUUCACGACUGUUUUACUGGAUCAAACCGAUACAGUAUAGAAUCAUGGCUCCUCUUACUCUAGCUCCCGCCCAGCCGAUGGCGUUCGCAAUGCCUGAAGGCCGCACGGCGCUGGUCGUUAUCGAUAUGCAGAAGGACUUCCUUCUGAAGGGAGGCUACGGCUUCCUGCAAUGCCCUUCCGAAAAGGUCUUUGAGAAGGUCUCGUCUGUUAUUGAGCCUACUGCAAAGGCAAUUGCUGCUGCGCGCAAGCUGGGACUCCAUGUGAUCCACACGCGCGAGGGACAUGUCGAGGAUCUCUCGGAUUGCCCGCCGACGAAGCGGAUGCGGCAGCAGAUGACCAACCCGGAGAGACAUAAGCUUGUCAUUGGCACUGAUGGACCUAUGGGACGUCUGUUGGUGCGCGGAUCGGACGGACAUGAUAUUGUGGAUGAUGUGAAGCCUCUGAAGGACGAGCCUGUGCUCGAUAAGCCUGGCAAGGGAUCUUUCUAUAACACUGAUUUCCACCAGAUGCUCGUCAGCCGAGGAAUCACUCAUAUCAUGCUGGCUGGUGUCACCACCGAAUGCUGCGUGGCCACCACUUUCAGAGAGGCCAACGACCACGGCUUCGAGACCUGUGUGCUCACCGACUGCACGAGUGGCUUCGACAACCAGAUCGUCGACGCAUCAAUGAAGCACUUUUGCGCAUUCGAUGGUCUGCUUGGAUACACGUGCUCUUCGCAGCCAUUGCUCGAUCUCGCGGCUACGGUGACCGUGCCGCAGUCGGUCGCGGCUGAGUACGAUAUCUCGAUUGCGUCGCUGCGCGCCGCGUACCGGUCUGGCAAGCUCGCGCCUACGAAGGUCGUUGACUACAUCUACGAGCAGAUUUUGAAGCCUGACGCGGCGGCUGUGUUCAAGACUGUGAUUGACAAAGCCGAGGCGCUCAAGACUCUUCCCGAGGCCGGCGUGGAAGCGAGUUUCGCCGACAUGCCGUACUUUUAUGGAAUCCCGUUCACCGUCAGCGAGAGCUUUGAUAUCGAAAACUCGAGCCUAGUCAAGGCUCUGCUCAAGGCCGGAGCAAUUCUGAUUGGCACUACUAAAAUUGAGGCUUCAGGAGCGGGUCUGUUUGCGACCGCGGAAGUGACGAGCGAGUAUAGCUCGGAGUACGUCGCGGGUGGGUACAGCUACGGAUCUGCGCUCGCGAUCGCAAAGGGGCUUGGGUCGUUCUCUCUCGCGCUUGAUACGGACGGGUCGGCGCGUGUGCCGGUGGCGUUCAACGGUGUGGUGGGCUAUAAUGUGACCAAGGGUCUGCUGCCGUCCGAUCAUGUUGCCAAGUUUUGCCCGUCGAUUGACUCGAUUUCGAUAAUUGCGACGACGGUGCACGACGCCCGCGUUGUCUUUGCCGAAAUGCGGCACCAGGACCUGGCGAACCCGUACUCUGCUCCGGACAGAUAUAUCCCGAUCAAGUCGAUCGACUUCCGCGGGCCAAAGGAAGGUGGGUUCAGAUUCGCUGUGCCGGAUGAUCUCUCGUUGGUGUCGGAAGAGUACAAGACUGCGUUUUCAGCGUUUGUUGAAAAGGCAAAGAGCGUUGGUGGAACGCUUGUGCCGAUGGAUCUCAGCUCGCUCGCAAAGGCGACCAAUGUUGUGGGUCCGAUCAUUGACACCGAGCGGGUUGCGUUCGGCGCAAAGAGCAGCGGUGACAGCGAGGUUUUGGGGAAGAUCUACGACGCCACCGUGUCCUCUGCCUCGUCCUUGUCGGCGGUGAAGGUGAUGCAGGAGAUGGCUGCCCUGCGCGCGCUCAAGACCGAGCUCUACCUCAAGUUUGAAGGCGCGGCGGGCGUGGACGUGCUUCUGAUGCCUACGGUGCCGUAUCAGCCACUUGCGAGCAGCGUGGCGUCGGACCCGGUGCGCGUGAACAGCGAGCUGGGAACGUUCACGAAAGUGACUAAUGUGUUUGAGAUGUGCGCGGUCAGCGUGAAAGCGGGCGAGACGGGGCCGUUGAAGCUGCCGUUUGGAGGAAUGAUUGUCGCGCCCAUGGGCAUGGAUGGACGGAUGUUGGAUAUCGCGGAGCUUUUUGCAUGAGGGGAGGUAUAAAUGAGAAUUGUAGAAGAUGUGGGG